UAUUUAUCCAAAGCACCCUUGUCUUCACUCCUGUUUGACAAAACCAUCUCACUCAUCACACACAGUCUGACCAGAGCCAACGUGUGGUUUGAUCCAUGAACCAGGCUGUUAUGUCUGAUUGAGUUUCACAGGGGUCUCAUUGGUAGCAGACUCUUCCUUAUACACAAUUUAAACACCUACUCAUUACAGACAUCCAUCCUUCUCGGAAAUGAACUCCUUGCUGACAGACAUGGUUUGAGAUUACCCCUGAGCUUUACCACUAAUAUGAUUUGAUCUCUUUAGGCCUUUCACAGUGCCAUGCAUUGUAUGAGUUAACGAUGCUUCCUCUGAGCUUGCACCUCCCGCACAGCUCUGUGGAAGCAGAACAUAAAGGAGGAUGGGCUCUGUGUGUGUGUGUGUGUGUGUGUGUGUGUGUGUGUGUGUGUGUGUGGAAGGAGGGGCUGUGAGAGAAGGAAGGCCAAAUUCCCUGCCUUUCUGCUUGCUGCUAAAAAAAACUCCUUUUAGCAGUAGGACCCAGAGGAAUUUUGCAGGAAAAAGCAGUACACCUUUAUGUUGUCUGAGGCAGGAUAAAGAUGUGAAAAAAGUUGUCCAGCAUUGUAACAAACAAGGUUGAGCUUUCAGCCAUGUCAUUGGCUAAAAAGAGCCUGACAGGAAAAUGCAAUGGCUUCUGAGGUCAGGCCAGAGUCCGUUAUAUAGCCUGGUGAACUAUUACCAGUCUUCUAAGGGUCAAUAUGAGCGCCCCCGUGACCGUGUACAGGGGCAUUUACACGGAGGACCGCUUCAAACAGGCAUACGGCUCCGAGGAGAGCACAAAUGGAAGUUUGCGGCUUCGGGAAAAGCUCGUCGGGAGGUGCAGGUGUUCAAGGCGAGCCUGCCAUCACCUGUUGAAACAGAGAGUCCCCAUUUUCAACUGGCUGCCGAGAUACAAGCUAAAGAAAUGGAUUGUAGGAGAUUCAAUAGCGGGAGUGACCGUCGGUAUCCUUCACAUUCCGCAAGGUAUGGCCUUUGCUUUACUCACAUCUGUGGCACCAAUAUUUGGCCUUUACACCUCCUUCUUUCCUGUGGUCCUCUAUAUGGUUUUUGGCACAGGUCGCCAUGUGUCCACAGGUACCUUUGCUGUUGUCAGUCUGAUGACUGGCACUGUGGUGGAGCAGCUGGUUCCCACUCCUCUGGAACCAAACUCAAGUUUGUCUGAAGCGACUGACUUUGAGGCCCAGAGAAUUGGAGUGGCCUCAGCUAUAGCCCUCCUCUCAGGAAUUAUUAUGCUCUGUAUGUUUGGUCUUCAACUGGGCUUCCUCUCCACCUAUCUGUCAGAGCCAAUUGUUAAGGCUUUCACCAGUGCCGCUGCCUUCCAUGUCACCAUCUCUCAGUUGCAAAGCAUGCUGGGGCUGCGGCUCCCUCGCCACACUGGGACUUUCUCCCUCUUCAAGACUUUAGCGUCGGUGAUGAAGAAUCUGCCUCACACCAACACGGCUGAGCUGUUGAUCUCCGUGGUGUGUUUGGCUGUCCUGGUCCCAGUUAAAGAGAUCAACGUGCGUUGCCGUGAGCGCCUGCGUACCCCGAUCCCUGUGGAGAUCCUCACGGUGAUUAUUGCCACAGGUGUGACCUAUGCCUCAUCUCUGGACUCUGCCUACAACAUUGAGAUAGUUGGCUCUAUUCCAGCUGGAUUCCCAGGGCCACGAAUGCCUGCCUUGCACACUUUUCCUGACAUUGUUGGAGACACGGUAGCCAUAACAUUUGUUGGUUAUGCUGUGUCAGUCUCACUGGCAAUGAUUUAUGCUGAUAAACAUGGAUAUUCCAUACAUCCAAACCAGGAGCUGCUGGCCCAUGGUGUCUCCAACACAGUGUCCUCCUUUUUCAACUGCUUUCCCAGCUCAGCCACUCUUGCCACCACUAAUAUUCUCGAGAGUGCUGGAGGAAUUACACAGCUCUCUGGCUUAUUUACCAGCCUAGUUGUUCUGAUCGUCUUGCUGCUGAUUGGACCACUGUUCUACUUCCUACCCAAGGCAGUUCUGGCAUGCAUCAACGUCACCAGCCUCAGGCAGAUGUUCCUGCAGUUCCAGGAUUUACCUGAGCUGUGGAGAAUCAGCAAGAUUGACUUUCUGGUUUGGGUGGUAACCUGGCUAUCUGUAGUAGUACUUAACGUGGACCUUGGCCUAGCCAUCGGGGUGGUUUUUUCUAUGAUGACCGUCAUCUGUCGCACACAAAGGGCUGGUUGUUCAGUUCUUGGCCGAGCCAACAACACAGAAAUUUACAGACCCCUGGAGAACAACAGCAAGUGCUAUGAGGUCCCUGGGGUGAAGAUCCUGACUUAUAAUGGGCCUAUAUAUUAUGGCAACCGUAGCUUCUUUAGGGAGGAGAUGAGCAGGCUGUUGGGCCUGACGCCAGAGAAGAUACGCAGCAAGGAGAAGGCCAGGAAAACCCUAGAGAAACGGGAGAGAGAGGUCACCAUCAGCACUGUGGACAGAGGCAUUGCAAACACAUCAUUUUCCUCAGAAAACGAGUUCUUUAACUCAGAAACAUCUGAGAGUGAAGUACAGGCAGUGUUAAUUGAUUGCAGCAGUGUGAUAUUUGUCGACAUUGCUGGAGCAAGACUCUUCACACAGAUGUGUACUGAAUGCCAGAAAGUAGGAGUUCAUGUAUAUUUGGCAAACUGCAAUGAGAGGGUAUUAAAGAUCCUAACAUCAAGUGGUCUGAUGAACUACAUGAAUCCUCAACAUAUUUUUGUCACUGUUCAUGAUGCCGUGACGUAUAUUCAACAGCAGAAAGAAAAAUCUGCAGAGAACACCACUACUGUUUGGGUAUGAAGCAGCUGGACAGCGACGAGUCACGCUCACAUCAAUCAUGUGUCUGGGGCUAGAGUGACUUUUAUUUUUGUUUUAUGAGCUGAGACCAUGUCUCUCAACGUCAUAAGGGCACUCAAGCAUUUGGUCCAGAUUGUGCACCAAGGUUUCAAAAAAAGCAGUAGCCUGUUGUAGCACAUGAACUGGAUAAUACAUUACAGUUUUCUCACAGAUACUGGACUCACUACUGACUCACUUUAAGCUGUUAUUAGUAAACAGUCACUUAUUAGUCAAUUCAGGGAACUUUAUAUCAGACAAAUACAAUAGACAAUGUCAUUGUGUAUUUAGUGUAAACAAAACUGAAUUAAAACAUUACAUGACAGACAUUAACUGUUACUUGCUGUUACUGUUUGUUGUCAUAUAUGCUGAAAUAUUGGAAUAGUAAUAUUUAUUCAGCUGCUGUUUGUUGUUUGCAGUACAGAUAAAUAUAACAUGCACUGAACAGUUUGUUAAAAUACUUUGGAUAUUUAAAUCUUUUGAAAUAUGUACUUGAAUAUGCAGAUAUGUACAGUCAACGUCAUCCCAUUCUGCCUUAAAAUGCCAUAUCGUAACCCAAAAGACACUGCACAAAUUAUUUUAUGAAUGACUUUUGUGUUUAUCAGUAACAUCCAGUGGCUG